CCCGCACGCCUUCCCUCCCAAAAAAUCCACGGGUGUGGUGGGCCAUGCUGCUGGCAGAGGCCUCGUGUAGGCCAGAACUCCUCAGGGAAUAGGGGGCCUCCCGGCUGGCCGCGGUGGGAAGCGGGAGUGCAGCUUCAUCGGACGUGGAGGCACGUGGUGAUUGGUGUAAAGAGGCCUCUGCGGGGGAUGAGCCCGGGAUGCACGAGGUAACAAUGGACAUUACAAGUGAGAGCGCAGAUGACAUUUCAAGGCCUGCAUCUAGCUCAAAACCCGGUUGUGGAUCUUUGAAUACGUCUAUAGAGUUACUAGCACCAGAGCCACAUUUGCAAAAGGUUGAUUUACUUGUCAGUGUGACUGAUGGUUAUCAGAGAGGCAGCCUAGAAGAUUGCUGUCCAGCAGAAAACAAAAGAGAGAAAUCUGAUGUCCAGGCAGUAAGAACAGAUCAGCAAACCGCAGUGGAGAGUACAACCUUCUCUCUUCAGAAAUGUAUACAGAACCCCAACGAAUUGUCAGGAUAUAGCUCUAAUUCAGAUUGUGAAGACAUUGAAACAUGGACUUUGAAAUUCUGUGAACCUUUCCAAGGAAAACCAAGUACUGCAAAAUCAGCAAACUUGAAAUGUUCUGAAGACACAGAUAUAGAUCCUCAGAUUCAAGCAGCUAUAAAGAAAAUGAAUAAACUUGACACAAUACUUGAAAAGCAACAUCUUAAGGAGAAAGCAAUUAAAAAACAAGGCAAAGAAAUGAGGGCAGUGCUCUGGGAAGAACUUCAGUCUAUCAGAACCAGAGGAGGCCACGAGGAGAUAGAAAACACAAACCUUUUUUUAGCUUUGUUCUCACCGUGGCAGGAUACAACUGAUCCCUCCCAUACUAAAGAAAAUGAAAUAUGUACUUCAGUAAUUCACACACAAAUGAAUCCAGAAGCUUAUGAUUGUCAUCAAACCCAACGAAGCAAGGAUUAUCCAAGUGAAUUAGAAACAGAAUUAGAAAAAACAGCAGAGAAAAUACGUAGCAAAAAUAAAAGCAACCAGGAUUUCAUUAAAAAGAACAUUGAGCUAGCAAAGGAUUCAGAAAACCAGUUUGUUAUGCUUGAGGGAGAAAGGAAAAGGCUAAUUGAACUAUUGAAAGAUACAGAGGAUGGAACUGAAUUGCAAGGUCUUGAGGAGAAUGUAUCUGUCUGGCUAGCACCAGGAGAAGGGUACACACCUGAACCCACGGAAUUUCAUCUCCUAAAUGAAAUAGAUAUUAAGCUUCAAGCACUACUAUCUGAUGGGGAUUUUUCUGCAAUUUCCAGCUCUUUCUCAAAACCUCCAAACCAGAUUUAUCAGGAGUCUCUGGUUUAUGCCAACAGAAGCCUAGAAGCAGUUCCAGGUGAAAAGGUUCUGCGAGACAAUAAGGAAAAACGUGAUCAACAGAAUCGUCUGAAAGAAAUAGAUCAUAAACUGGAAUCUCUAGAGAGAAAUCUUACUGAAGAACAAAUGAGCCUCUCUGAAGAGCAGCUUAAGACCUUUCUGGAAGAAUGUAUGCAGCCUGAGAGAACAAUAAGUAACGUUACCAUGCCAAAGUCUCAGGAAUCUCUUUCUUUUGGAUUAAGUCCCCCUUCUUACACAAGUCAAGACUCCACUCUUCACUCCACAUCUACUCUUUCCAAAAUGUUAGUUGAAGACCAUAUUGUAGGGAUGUUAAUGGCUCAGGAAAAGGCUGGACUCGAAGACAAAAGCUUAUGUGCAGAGAGCGAAAUCCCUGGCUACUAUAUCAGCAAAGCAUUGGCUGUUAGUCACUUAUCAAAGGAUUCACUGGCCCAAACAGAGGAACCUGAUGACCUAGAAGGUUUACAGAAGAUGGGAGAUGAGAGUAUUACUGAAGGUUACUUUAUGUCAAGAGCACUCAACAGAAAAAGAUUGAAGAAACCUUCUUUCUUGGGUGAACCAUUAUAUUGCAUCAGCAUGAACAAUGAGCCAUGCACAGAGGCUGACAUUCUCAGCAUACCACUGCAAACCAAAGGAGCUUUUCCUCAAGGAAGGGUCGCCGUUGCUGAUUAAGCUUUGCAACAUCCCUGAGGCCAUGAAUGCACUUUUUAUUCACCUCUGGCAUUUCAGGGAUAAGGAGGUCAUUGAAUUCAGAAGAUUGUAAACUUACAGCUGGAGCAGCCUUUGUUCCUCAGGAUAGUUUCCAGAGUUGUUCCAAACACAAACCGCACAUUCUGCAGCAGUCCCUGUGGAUGGAGGAAGAAUUACAGCUACUUGCGGCAACUUCAAGGGAAAGAAGUACCACUUGCAUGGACAGAUUGAAGAUAGGAGAGUGCCUCUGCUUUUCUUGGCUUGCCGGAGAGUGGCCAGGAGGAUGAAGCCCUUCUCAGCAUGAAUGGCAUCUAAUAAGUCUUGGAACUUUGAAUCAGGGACAGCAGGGAUGCGACUGGCAUCCUCAAUGCGGUAAGCAGGGCUGGAGGAUUCCGGUCCCUUCACCAGGUACACCCCGGGUGCCCGGCGCCCACCUCCCUUCCGCGUGAAGCCAAUGAGUUCAAAGAGAUCGAAGACACUGUUAUCAUCAUUCCUGGACUCUGCAGAGAGAGAUCAGGAGAAGCAUCAUGAGAAAAGGACAAGAAAAGGGUGAGUAGGUGCAUAUUUUCCACAAUUACUUAACAUUUUGGCUCCUAGUACAUGUCGUGCAUGGCAGAGCACCUCACAUCAGACCACAGACAGUAGCUCUGAUGGUGCAGCAGUCCCACCAGGAGCUGCAGCAUGGCAGAACAUGUGCAUUCUUGUACAGGAGCCAGUCAGCACAGGAGUGCCAGGUACCUGCUGACUGACACACAAAGGUAGCAGCCAUUCUGGCACCUCGUUAUACUGUAGCAGAGGAGAAGUAGACAGCAAAGUCCUGACUGCAAUAUUCCUAUGCUAGGACACAGGAAAGUGAGCUUGCUUAAUCCAGCUGAAUGACAGCAAGCA